AGUUUCUGAACUUUAGGCUAGUCUAAAAAUAUCCAUGAUUCGCAAAUACCUUUGAAAGACAACUCGUUCAGGUUAAGAGUGUAUGUACAUGUGUCCGGCUUGAUAAUGGAAGCUGAAAAGAAACGACAAGGCAGACGACGCUUGCCACGACAAAAAUCUUUCACAGAAGCAUUGAAGGAAAAAUAUUGUACGCCAGAAAUCGACUCGUGCAAUUCUGGUGGUUUUGUGGUGAACAUCGUCUAUCACGGAAAACCAAAGACGAACGGGUCAGAUGCAGAGCUGGCCUACUUGAGAAACGUGGUGCUGUGUGAUAGACAUGUCUCUAUGGCUGGUAUCCCUAGUGACGGCUUGAGGUCUCUGUGUCCCAAUGUCAAUGACCUUGACCUUUCUGGAAACCUGCUGGAUGACUGGGGUGAAGUUCUCACCAUCAUGUCAAAUUUACCAUUCCUGAAAUUUGUGAAUUUCAGUCGAAAUAAAAUCAUUAACAAAAAGAAUUUUCUACAAAAAUGGGAGACUCCUCUGAACACGGUAGAGAGCUUGGUACUCAAUGAGACAAACGUUACAUGGGACGAAGUGUUGACAGUCGCAAAAUACCUACCAAGUCUGAAGGAACUACAUACCUGUAAAAAUGGCUAUACCCAGCUGUCGUCUUCAAGCCUUGGAGUCCUAGAGAAGGUGACAUACUUAAAGAUGAACCACAAUGAGAUUCAUAGCUGGGAGGAAGUAUGGAAACUUCGACAUUUGCCAGAGCUUGACACACUGAUAUUAUCAGGAAAUCCUCUCAAGGAUGUGGCUUACAAGCUUCUUGAUGAUGCAGAUCAUGUUUCUAUGGAAACAAAUGAUGCAGAAACAGAGGGCAUGGACAAGGAUGAGGGAAAAGAGGAAAAUGGUAACAAAAGUUCCAAUCAGUAUGCUAAAGACCAUUGUAGACCAGGUUCUCGCAGAGGCACUUUCAGAAAAAGUCUUUGUCUCAGCGAUACCCGUAUUGACAGCUGGGAUCACCUUCAAGCUCUCAGUAUUUUCCCAGCUCUUGAGUCUCUCAGAAUACAGGAUAUCCAUCUCUUGUCUGAACAGGGCGAAGAUGAUCGAAGAAAACUCAAGAUUGCAAGUUUACCAAACAUCAAAAUCUUGAAUGGCAGUGAGGUAACCGUGACAGAGAGGGAGAAAGCAGAAAGAUAUUUCAUCCGGUACUUUAUGGAUCAGGAAUCACAACCAGAGAGAUACAGUGUGCUGGAGGCAAAACAUGGUAAAUUGGAACCCAUUGUUGACGUUGACAUCUCCCGUGGGUUUAAGGAAGUAGCCACGCUGACGUUUAUCUUAAAUGGAAAGACCUUGUGUAAGGGUACAUUCAAGGUCAAAGACUUGGUGCAUGAGUUAAAGGUCUUCGUAGCCAAGAAACUCGAUACAAGAUUAACAUUUAAAAUGUUUCACUACGGCUGCGGACCGAACCAUCCUGAAGAUGAGGAGAUGCUUUACCAGGAACUUCAGUCAGAGCUUCUUCAGAUGAGUCGGUUUGACAUCAUGGACGGAGACGAAAUUCACAUCUUUAUGGACAGGGGUUUUCAAAUCCAAGCAGGUCAUCUUAACUAUCUCUAUAUCCGGGCUUUUACAGACUUCAGAAAGUGAUCUCAGGAUCACAAUUCUUGUUGAUGUUUAUUUUUCAGGUAAUGCUGAGAUAUAUUUAAUUCUAUUUCUAAAUUGUUACUAUUUUUAGGUAAGAUCUGUUGUUUGUAAUAGAUUAAUUUAAAUUCUAAAUUAACAAUUCUGUUUAAUUUCAUGGCUCUGAGCAAUUUGAUGCUUACUCUUCUGAAACACCCUGUCUCAUUCUUCUACUCUUUCAAGGAUCUUUAAUCGGAUGCAUGUGUUCAUAUUUGGUCUGUUCUGUGAUUUCAAGUUCUCAUCAAUGUAGUUCUAUUACAUACCUUGGACAUAAUUGUGAGUUUCUCGGGUGUUCUAGCAUUUUACAGUCAAGAACAACCAUGCAGAAACUACUUUUCUACUUUGUUAUUAUUGUUUUUUUUAUAAUGACUAAACUUCAGUCUGUGGUAACUUUAACAUUCAUAGAUAAAACUUCUACCAAAAUUUAGUUGUGAAUUUGUGAGCCAUUAUACAGUUGAGAUAAAAUAGUGAUAAAGCUGAUAUCAGAUUGGCUGUCAUGGUUUUGCUUCAAUUUAAAUAUUGUAAGAACUUUCAUGAUAACUUGUUGAUUAUAGUAUAAUGAUAGAUUGUCCAGUGUUUGUACGCAGAAUGUGGCUUUCUGAUUGGUUGAGAUUUUUUUCCUUACCUAUAUGAAAAAAAUCUGAAAAUGGUGCGAAAUAUGUGACGUCACAAUACGGCCAUUGACAUUAAUAUUGCCUAUUGAUUUGUGAAAAAGAAUCCCUUAUAAGAUCAGUUCAAUUGUACAUAAAACAUGUUUAAUUUUUAAAAUCAAUUUCAAAAAUUUAUGAGAAGGGUUGAUGUCAAUUAUUUUUUAGUUUCAUAGGGGUAUGAUUUACUCAAAUGAAACUAAAAAAAAAAAUGACAUCAAUGCUUAAUUGAACUUACAUAAGUAGAUUUUGAAUAUCUACAAUAUUGAAAUUGAAGUAUUUAAAAAAAAAAAUGAAUCGCAUCUUAGAACUUAUUUUAGUUUACUUUCAGUAAGAUUUGAAAAUUUACAUUCAAAUUCCAAAUUAUAUAAAUCACAACAUGUACAUUCUUUGAUGAGGAUUUGUUCUCCAAAUGGUCAUGAAUAUCAAGUUAGCAACAGGAAAAUAAAUAAGACGCAAGACUGUUCUCAUUGAUUUUAAACAAGGAGUUGUCUUUCUUUGAAAACAAAUUCCUUGUACAUGUAUGUUAUCUUUUGAAAUGAUUUUGCAAAAUUAUUUACAAAUCAAUAAGAAACAUAUUUGUAUGGUUUGAUUUCAAAAAGAUCAAUCAACAUUGUUUGGUGUUCCCAACAAAAUAGAUAUUUUUUGGACUCCAUUAAUUAAUGUGAUUAAUUUUUCCAAUAUGCAAAAUCACCUGAAGUUUAGUUUUUUUUCCAAACUGGUGAAACUUUAAAACAUUUAUGAUGCUUUGCCAGGAAACGUCCAUGGAUGUUUGUUGUAUACAAUGUGCCUAUGUUCUAUAGCCUGUACCAGUUUGUAGAAGUGCUGAAUGUUGUGAUAUUUUCAGAAAUAUUUACCUGUAAUUGCUGUCAAUCAACUAUAAAUGUUUUAUUAAUUGUAUAAUAAAUGAGAAUUUAUGCUUCUACUCACCAGUUAAUUUGCUUAUGAAAAUACCAAGAUACUGUAAGACUUCCUUAAGACCAAUAUGCUUGAUACAAAAUUCCCCUUAUCAAGAAGUUAAUCUAAAUCCUCAAUUAGGCUCAAAAGUAUCCAGGUAAAUUUAAAAAAAAACGUGAAUUUUUGAUAUAGCAUUCAUUUUGAAAUAUUUUUUUAGUAAAAGCAAUUUACAUCUCAAAGUAUUCCUUAAACUGGAUAUUUUUGAAAAUGAAAAGAUUGAAUUAAAAUUACAAAACCAAACAUUUUUUGAAGGUUUUUCACACCGGGGAUCUCCAGUUUACCAGAUUUCAUCCUUGACAGAAGUUAUUCAAUUGAUACUAAUAUGGAUCUCGCAUUUACUGCAGUAAUUAUUUCACAUUUAUAAACAGCCUACAUCUUCAAAACCCAAUCCUACAUGUUUAUGUCCUUCAUAUUCUUUUUCAUGAUCUCACUUCCUGUUAACAAUGACAAAGGAGGAAAAACCACAUUUAUUUCAUUGUCUCUCUUUUCUAGUUUCUACAAUAACUCAAUUUGUCACUCUUUGUAUGGCUAAAACUUCCUGAAAUCUCAUAUCUCAGGAGAAAUUUUUGCCAAUGUUUUUGCUUUAUAUCCCUAAAACUUUAAGGUUUGCGGAACUUUUGUGAAAUUGAAUGCAGCACAGGAAUCUAUAUUUACAAUGAAGUUUAGUUUACUCUUUUCAUUACAGUUAAGUGGUUGGUAGAAAUCCAAAAUGUCAUCUUAUAAAACUGUUUUAGAUUAACAGUGUUGAGCAUUGUAGAUAACAUAUGAUGUAUCAGUUUAUUAGUGCUAAAAUCAUUUUGCAGUGUUUUCUUAUUAGGGCCCUGUAUGAGAGAUAUGGAUGCCCUAUAGUAAUCACUCUGUCUGUCCACAAAUUGUGUCCCUCUAUAACAUCUCUUGUAUUGUUGAAUUUAAAUUUGUAUUAUUUUUUUGCAACAUUUAAAUGUGUCAUUAAUUUUAGUGUACUAUUUAAAUGUGUCAUCAGUUCCUGUGCACCAUUCAAAUUUGUCAUCACUUCCUGGGUAUUAUUCAAAUGUGUUAACAAAAAAGCCAAAUGAUGAAUAUAGAACUGCAUAUUAUCUAACUAAAUUUUUGGUAACAGGAAUUUAGAUAUUUUUUUCAUCACAUUUCAUGUAACAAAUUAUAUACAGUUGACAGUUUGACAACUUCAUUAUCUCGAAGUGAGUGGGGUCAUGAGAUAGCCUAAGCAUUCAGGAAUAUCAAGUUUAUUUUAUAUUAGAAAUUAACUGUUGGAACUGAAUUUUUACUUCACGUUAUGCAGGGUCUAUGAUUUGAGUUUAAGAUAACGGAAUUUGUUUGUGUCUUGUAUAAGGUAUAAUGUAGUACUUAUAUCUACGUAGAUGCUAUCACUUGUACGUGGUAUAUCCAGUUCUGAUACACUGUGUGUUUGACAUUUUAAGUUUGUGUAUUUGUACACAUACAUGUGAUAUAUGAAGAAGUGGAGAUUGUAUCCUUGAAAUACUAUAUCUCCUUGGAAUAAAUGAAGAGAAUUUU